ACCAGAGGCACACAGCCAGCCUACUUGGCCCCUCGCAGCAACCCAGGCAGGGACUCAGUAAAACCAACAAUGUCAGAUACUCCUGGGACCACCUUUGGCGGCAGGAGAGCUGUUCCACCCAACAACUCCAAUGCAGCGGAAGACGACCUCCCGACCCAGGAACUGCAGGGCCUGGUGCCCCGGGGUGUCAACCUGCAAGAUUACCUGAAUGUUGUAUCUGUUCACCUGUUCAAGCAGAGAUGGGACAGCAACAAGAUCGAUCACCACACAGACAAGUAUGAUAACAACAAGUUGAUUGUCCGCAGGGGGCAGCCUUUCUACAUCCAGAUUGACUUCGAUCGUCCAUAUGAUCCCAGGAGGGAUCUCUUCAGAGUGGAAUAUGUCAUUGGUCGCUACCCUCAGGAGAACAAGGGCACCUAUAUCCCAGUGCCGGUAGUGUCAGAGCUGCAAAGUGGAAAGUGGGGGGCUAAGGUUAUAAUGAAUGAAGACAGGUCUGUCCGACUGUCCAUCCAGUCUUCCCCUGAGUGCAUUGUAGGGAAAUUCCGCAUGUAUGUUGCUGUCUGGACCCCCUAUGGGAUCCUCCGCACCCGCAGAGACCCAGAAACAGACACAUAUAUUCUCUUCAAUCCUUGGUGUGAAGAGGAUGCUGUAUAUCUGGAUGAUGAGAAAGAGAGAGAAGAAUACAUCCUUAAUGACAUCGGAGUGAUAUUUUAUGGAGACGUCAAAGACAUCAAGAGCCGAAGCUGGAGCUAUGGCCAGUUUGAAGAUGGCAUCCUUGAUGCUUGCUUGUAUGUGAUGGACAGAGCACAAAUGGACCUUUCAGGCAGAGGGAACCCCAUCAAAGUCAGCCGUGUUGGAUCUGCAAUGGUGAAUGCCAAAGAUGACGAAGGUGUCCUUGUUGGCUCAUGGGAUAAUAUCUACGCUUAUGGCAUCCCUCCAUCAGCCUGGACCGGAAGUGUUGACAUUCUACUAGAAUAUAGGAGCUCUGAGAAGCCAGUCCGAUAUGGCCAGUGCUGGGUUUUUGCUGGUGUCUUCAACACCUUUUUGCGAUGCCUUGGAAUUCCAGCAAGAAUAGUUACUAAUUAUUUCUCAGCCCAUGACAAUGAUGCCAAUUUGCAAAUGGACAUCUUUCUGGAAGAAGAUGGGAACGUGAGCUCUAAACUCACCAAGGACUCAGUGUGGAACUACCACUGCUGGAACGAAGCUUGGAUGACAAGGCCUGAUCUUCCUGUUGGGUUCGGAGGCUGGCAGGCUGUGGACAGCACACCCCAGGAAAACAGUGAUGGUAUGUACCGCUGUGGCCCCGCCUCUGUUCAAGCUGUUAAGCAUGGCCACGUCUGCUUCCAGUUUGAUGCCCCCUUUGUUUUUGCAGAGGUCAACAGCGAUCUUAUUUACAUUACAGCUAAGAAAGAUGGCACUCAUGUAGUAGAAUCUGUGGAUACCACCCACAUUGGAAAACUGAUUGUGACCAAGCAAAUUGGAGGAGAUGGCAUGGAGGAUAUCACUGAUACUUACAAGUUCCAAGAAGGUCAAGAGGAAGAAAGACUGGCCCUCGAAACAGCUCUGAUGUACGGAGCCAAAAAGGCUGUCAACACAGAAGGUGUUGUCAAAUCCAGGUCUGACGUAGACAUGAACUUUGAAGUGGAAAAUGCUGUGCUGGGAAAAGACUUCAAGGUCACCAUCACUUUCCAGAACAACAGCUCCAAUCGUUACACCAUCUCAGCCUAUCUUUCAGGCAACAUCACCUUCUACACUGGGGUCUCCAAGACAGAAUUCAAGAAUGAGGCAUUUGAAGUAACGCUGGAGCCCUUGUCCUUCAAGAAAAACGAGGUGCUGGUCAGAGCGGGCGAGUACAUGAGCCAGCUGCUAGAACAGGCGUUCCUGCACUUCUUCGUCACAGCACGUGUCAAUGAGUCCAGAGAUGUCCUAGCCAAGCAAAAGUCAAUAGUGCUGACCAUCCCCAAGGUCAUCAUCAAGGUCCGAGGCACUGCCAUGGUUGGCUCUGAUAUGAUUGUGACUGUUGAGUUCACCAAUCCUUUAAAAGAAACACUGCAAAAUGUCUGGAUCCAUCUGGAUGGUCCUGGAGUGACAAGACCCAAGAGGAAGAUGUUCAAUGAAAUCCGGCCGAAUGCCACCGUACAGUGGGAAGAAGUAUGUCGGCCUUGGGUCUCUGGCCCUCGGAAGCUGAUUGCCAGCAUGAGCAGUGACUCCCUGAGACACGUUUAUGGCGAGCUGGAUCUGCAGAUUCAAAGGCGACCUUCCAUGUAAAUGCCCAGGAAGCUGAAAUGGACCUGGGCACACGGCCUCUUGCAGUGUUGGCCAAGGAAAUUCUAAUGAAAAACUAGCUAGCUCUUGCUUUCAUGGGUGUGAAGACGCAGACAGGCCCCAGCAUGGGGAUGUUAUGUAUUUCAAAGAACGCUUUUCCAAACUCGGGCUUUGGGGUAAGAGAGUUAACUUUGAAUUGCUCCACCUUCCAAAGGAUUCUCAGCAUUAGCUUUAAUUACGCUCUAAUUAAGCCCUCCUAGCUCAUAAGAGUAAAAGUCAUCAUAUAUCAUUACAAAUGGCUACAGCUCUACAUAUCAGGGCUUCCCUGAGCAGAGGGGGAUAUGCCCAAUACCUGGCCUCAUUUAAGACUUCUGAUUACCCACUCAUCUUUUGGGGGGUAACAUUGUCCCCCAAAGGAAAGGAAGCACAUGAGUGGGUCCUUACAAUUCUAUUCCCCUUUCUUAGAGUCAAGUUCUACCCUCCGUGUUAGAAUAUUUUUUCCCCAGAAAAUUAAGCUCGACAUCAUUUUUCUUCUUGGCAAAGCCAGGGAAAGGUCUUUCAUCUUGCACCUGCAGCCAAGCAACUGCCUGCCAAAUUUCACAGAUUACUUUGUAAGAAAAUGUGGCCCCAUAUUAACAAAUUGCAUUUGUGGAGAACUUAAUCACCUAAGAGGAGAUAAGAAAGCAGGUGCAAAUACCCAAAUCUAUUAAAUAAUGUAGUUUUAUGGUACAUUUUAUAGAUGUCACACUGUGACCUGAUCAGCAGGAAUGAAUAACCCUUACUUUAACCCUUUCUGGGGUUAGGAGAGCUGGAAAGUAAGGAGGCUGGUUGGGGGCUGGAGGACUGAGGAAUUAGUCUCCUUAGUUGGUGAUUAUACUUCACCUGUCUCUGGGAUCAUCUUCAUACAGUGACAUAGGCCCAGGUUGGUUUCUUUCUUUCUUUCUUCCUUCCUUCAUCUUUUUCUUUCUUCCUUCCUUCCUUCAUCUUUUUCUUUCUUUCUUUCUUCAGAUAGAGCAAGUCCAACAAGCUGGAGAAACUGUCAGGUUUAGUGGCUAGACCUAUAGAUGAACUGAAACAGACCCACUCUCCCCCUUUUCCUUGAUAUUUUCUGUAUUGCGCCCUUAUCUGAACACUCAUGUGCUGAAAGGUAGCACGAACUCAGCCUUGUGAAUGACCAGUGCUGGAAGUGGUAGUGUGUGCCUUUAAUCCCAGCACUCAGGAAACAGGCAGACAGAACCCUGCGAGUUCAAGGCCAGUCUGUUCUGCAUAAUGAGUUCAAGGCCAGCCAGGGUUACACAGUGAGACCUUGCCUCAACACUUACAGCCAAAGAAACCAAAACAACAACGACAUAAAAGUACAAAGCAUGGUUAAAGGACCUGUGCUAGUGCUGACCAAGGUCAGAGGAUGCUGACAUCCUCUGCCUCCUGUGCCAAGGUUUCAACAGACAAAGCUGCUGAUAUCCAUUAGACUUAUGGUUAGAAUUUCCCAUCAAAAUGCAUUGAGUGUUAUUCAGGUCAGCUGACUAUGAUUCUCAGUAAAAAAUACACAGUGGGAAGGAAGUUAGGGGGAAGCUCAGCAAAGAAUGUUCUGAUCUAUAUGUUCUAGUUUAUUUCUAAGCCUUUGAGGGAAUUCUAAGACAUCAGUACUAACCCUGAGGGUUAGCAGACCCCCUCUAUAAGCAUAUCACACAUAAUUCCAUGAAGUUAUCUCUCAGCAUUGGUAUCCAAUUCCAAAAUGAAACAUAUUUUGCCAAUCUUUUAAAACUAGCUUAACAGUAUAUUGUUAUUAAUGAGAAUGUAAGAGAUGCUUAAAAUAAAAGUUAAUCUGAUUACAUUUGCACAGAAAUGAAUGCUGUUAAUUUUCAAUACUACACAUGACUAACUAUAACUGCUUGGAAAACCAUUCUUCCUCUUUAGUGUACAGAGCAGCCUGGAUAGGACGACAUACAUUUGCCCUUUCAGUAAAAUGACUAAUAGAUAUUGAUGACACCCUUAGCUUUCCUUACUUUCUCUCUGCAUUUUGCUAACCAUGAUCACUGAAGGAGGAAGUUUGCAUAGUUAGUUUUAAAACCAGCUUCUAGAAGUUGAACGCUAUCUAUAAUUAUUUUCUCACAAACGUCUUCAUAAAACAUUAUGGCGAGCAUGGAGACCUGUCAAGAUAACCACCUAUUAUGGUGUUAAAACACGGAUGGAAAAUAUAUGACAAGAAUAUACAGGAGCUCCUAUAGCCAUGGCAGACCUCACUGAACAAUUGCAACUCAGAUGGGGCCUUAGAAUCUUUCUCAACCCCAAGUAGCACCUGCCAUCUGAUCUGGAGUUGACACUCAAGAUGAAACUUAUUUUAGAACCAGCCCAUUCCCAUUGAUGGCUAGGAUUCCACACUACAUAUAAUGUUAUUGCAUUUGGAUCUUACAUGUCUUUCAAAGGUCCCUGUGGUAAAGGCUUAAUCCCCUGUUCGGCAUUAUAGAGAGAUGGGAUACAGUCUUUGGGAGCAGGAACCCAAUGACAAGUGUUCAGGCCACUGGAGGAAGUAGUGGUACUCCAGGCCCCUCUUCUUUCCCUUUUCUGCUUCCUGGUCAUGAGGUGGGUGGCUUUGCUCUACUAUGUGCCCCACCCAUUAUUACUGCUUCACCCCAGGCUGAAAAUCCAUGGGGCCAACUGACCAUGGCUAAAACUUCCUGUUAGCCAAAAUAAGUCUUUUCUCUUUAUUAGUUAUCUCGGGCAUUUGUUAAAAUAUUUCAAAGUUGACUAACAGAAUUGUGCCUACCAGCUUCAAACUUCAGCAGUGGUAAUAAGCAGUGUGUCUCUGCUGAUAGCAGAGAUGAUGAAUUCUAGUUUCUGCUGUGUUCACCCUUGAUGAUUUUAAACAAAUCCUUCUUUGAGUUCAGAGCUUCAAGACAGACAGAAGGAUGGUAACUAUACUUAUGUGCCCACGUGAUUCAUCUAAGGGACAUAUCAAACAAGGCUUAACAGCAUAUAUGAAACCAAUAGCUGGUGGG